AUGGGGAUAUCAUGGAUGCGGAUGAAGGACAUGCACAUUCUAACGUCCUCGAUAAUCACUUAUACAGGGGACGGACGAUUUUCGGUGAAGCAUCCGGAAGGGAGUGAUGAAUGGCGACUGAUAAUCGACUAUGUUCAACCAAGGGAUGCUGGGCUUUAUGAAUGUCAAGUCAACACUGAUCCCACGAUGAAGUUAGCAUUUGCUUUGAGGGUUGAAGCGGCUCAAGCAACAAUUUUAGGAGCAGAGGAUGUGUAUGUUAAGAAAGGAAGUACAAUAAGUCUUACCUGCAAAGUAAAUGUGCAAAGCAUACCUCCAAGUAGUGUCACGUGGCACCACGGAAGCACAAUUGUGGAUUUUGAUAGUCCUAGCGUUCACCACAGGGGCGGGGUUAACUUGGAAACGGAAAAGACGGAAAGCGGCACGACAAGCAAGCUACUCGUGACGCAGGCAACAUCUAGCGACAGCGGAAAUUACACCUGCAUCCCUAGUAAUGCGAAUCCUGCGAGUGUUAUGGUUCACGUGCUGAAUGGGGAACAUCCAGCAGCGAUGCAACAUGGUGGUAGUUGUGGAGUGACUCCUACCAUCCUCCUGGCAAUGCUCACGCUUCUCAUUGCAAAUUUACUAAGAUGAGCAAGUAUUUUAGAUGAAUAAGAGGCCUAAUAAUGUUUAAAUUCAGGCUAUGCACUCAAUUAUUAACAGGUAAAAUUUUCCAAAAGCCAUUAAUCAUACAUUAAUCAGCUCAAGUAUUUCAUUAACUAAUCGUUAAAUCAACUAAUUUGAUACACGAAUAAACUUAUUUUCAUUUCAAUAGUACUUCAUGUUUGGAAAGCUCCACUCUUCGUCAGUCAAUUGAUAUUAAAAGAUAAUGAAUCAAUAAUUGAUGGUUUUUAGAAAAAUAAUUUAUUUUUUACCUGAAAUAAUAAACUUGAUGCAACGGUCAAAUCAAUAAACAAAAUACCAGUGGAUUUAAUGAAUGAUAGGAAUUAAAUAAAUAUACUGAAUUAAACGAAUGAUAAAUAGAUGAAAAAGGAGCAUAAAAAAAUUCAUUAUGUGAAUUGAGUAUUUGCAUUAAUCGAUUACAUAAGCCUGAAAUAAAUGUUUCUGUAAGUAUGAAUAUGUAUUUGUAUGCUCGUUAUAUUUUCCAGAAUGGUGUUUAUAUAUGAUUAUUAGUGAUGUGUUGAAGAGAGUAUGAGUGGGAGAGAAAUAAAAAUAAAUAUCGAACUAGUCAAG